GAUCUUCUGCAGCAAUGGCUUCCCCAACAAAAGUAUAGUUUUUAAAAGUACUCAAAAUACUCAUUCUCUUCUUCUCGCUCACAUGAGAUAAAUUGGAUUUCGACUGAGGGAGUUUCAAGUUUGGAGGGAAAACCUGAAAAAUUCACGAGCGAGAGCCCAUAGCGAGAGAGAAAGAGAGAGAAGAGAGACAGAGAGGAGAGAGGGGGGAGAGAGAGACAGACAGAGAGGAGGAGGGAGGGAGGGGGAGAGAGAGAGAGAGAGAGAAAUGUUUGCAGAAGAGAACGGACUUCGGGGAGACCCAAGGCUGCAGGCCAUCUCUGAAGCGAUUCGAGUGGUUCCUCACUUUCCAAAACCAGGAAUCAUGUUUCAGGAUAUAACAACCUUGCUACUCGAUCACAAGGCGUUCAAGGAUACUGUUGACAUAUUUGUAGAUCGUUACAGGGACAUGGAUAUCUCCGUUGUCGCCGGAGUGGAAGCUAGGGGAUUCAUGUUUGGCCCUUCCAUUGCCUUAGCUAUUGGUGCAAAGUUUGUUCCUCUACGCAAACCGAGAAAGUUGCCAGGUGAAGUAAUAUCUGAAUCUUAUGUAUUAGAGUAUGGAACUGAUUGCCUGGAGAUGCAUGUUGGAGCUGUUCAACCUGGCGAGAGAGCACUAGUCAUUGAUGAUUUAGUAGCUACUGGUGGUACCCUUUCAGCGGCAAUAAGGCUUCUUGAACGUGUGGGGGCUGAAGUGGUUGAAUGUGCAUGUGUUAUUGGAUUGCCAGAGAAUAAGGGAGAACGCAGGCUAAAUGGAAAGCCAUUGUACAUCCUUGUUGAGCCCCGUGAACUUUGUUGUUGAGUUGCAUUCUGUUUGGGGGAUACACCGCGGACGGACGGGCUAUGAUCGGACUAUGGUCCCAGUCUCUGCUGGAUUCCUGUUGCUAGUCAUGGAGCCUUGUAAACAAGCUUAAAUCUCAAUUUUCUUCCUCUUGUAUGAGGUUUGUGUUUGCAUGCUCCUUUGUACAAUUUUGAUUUUCAUAAUAAAUUUCUAUAGGAGAUUUGCAACAUUUUAGGCAUUUAAAUUACAUUCUCAUUUUGAGACAAAAAACAAGAUAGAAUGAAGUUAUUCUUGAUGGGAGAUCGAGUAGGGUAAUUUAUGCUGGAUGUAAUCUCAAUAGCUAAAUUCCUGAAUCAGAAAAUUUUCAACAGCCCA